GUAGAAGAGCCAGAGAUGAUUGCAGCAUCGAGAAGAAGCAGGACAUCACAAAUUGCAAGAAAUAGAAGAUUGCCUGGAGCUCCUAGAACUGAAAAGAUGGCUGUUGAUCAGUACUGGGGCAAUGUUUAUCCAACUGCUGCAGCAUUUAAUCCUUCUUCGGUGCCUCUUCCCAUCCGAAUGGGCUAUCCUGUGAAGAGAGGAGUACCUCCACCAAAAGAAGGCAAUUUGGAGCUUAUAAAGAUCCCCAACUUUUUGCAUCUGACUCCCCCAGCAAUUAAGAAACAUUGUACAGCUCUUAAAGAUUUCUGCACCGAGUGGCCAACUGUAUUGGACAGUGAUGAGAAAUGUGAGCAGCAUUUUCCUAUUGAAAUUGAGACAGUAGAUUAUGUUUCAGCAGGGCCAUCUGUUCGUAAUCCCAAAGCAAGAGUGGUGACUUUAAGAGUUAAGCUUUCCAAGUUGAACUUGGAUGACCAUGCAAAGAAGAAGCUCAUUAAACUUGUAGGAGAGCGGUACUGCAAGGACACAGAUAUACUUACCAUUACAACAGACAGGUGUCCAUUAAGGAGACAGAACUAUGACUAUGGAGUCUACCUCCUCACAGUUUUGUACCAUGAAUCGUGGAAAACCGAAAUGUGGGAAAACGAGAAGACUGAAGCCGACAUGGAGGAGUAUAUCUGGGAUAAUAGCCCCUCUCAGAAGAAUGCUUUGGACACGCUUGUUCGAAUAAGAGCUGCAGAGAAAACCACUGAAGUAACUAAGGAAGAGCUGCUUGCCUCUGAGAUAGUUGAGAAUUACAAAACCACUGUAGUUGCACUUAAAAAUGAAGGGGAAACAGAAAACAACAUUUUGCAAUACAAGGAAUCCGUGACGAAACUACUGAAUUUACAAGCAUUACAGUGAAAAUUGACAUUCCAUGCACAUCUCUGAUCUUAUGUCAAUAUACAAAGAUAAUGUAUGAUAAUAUUACUUUGUAGGAAAUUGUGAAUGCAGUUAUCCAUGAUAUUCUGGACCUUCAACAAAACAAGUUUUCCUUAGAAUAUUAAUAAAAUUUUAAAAUUUCAAAAA